CAUGGAUGGAAAGAGUCCACGAAAGAGGAAGACGAGCCACAGCACCAACCCCCCUCUAGAGUGUCACGUUGGGUGGGUGAUGGAUUCCCGGAACCAUGGGCCAAGACCACCCUCUCUCAGGCAAUUGCUCCAGGGAUCUCCUGUCUCCGCCUUCUGAAUCUGGAAGUGCAGGCAGCUGCCACGUCCACCCAGCAUCCACAUGAGUCCUGGUGAUGAGAAUCCAGUCUCCUUGUUUCGGGUGAGCCACUGAUAGUUUUUCCUGUCCUCAAACAGCAGUUCCAAUGCUUCACCUUCGGAAGGGGCACCACUCCCAGGAGGCUGCAGCUGCACGCCUCACUCAUUCCCAAAGUUCCAGCAUCCUUCUCACGAACUGCUGAAGGAAAACGGCUUCACCCAGCGAGAGUACCACAAGUAUCGCCGGAGGUGUCUAAGUGGUGAGACGCUUCGUCUAGCUGUGUUGACAUGGUAGGGAACUUGGUCUAAAUGACAAGGUGCCUGCCCUUUGUCUAGCUGCACUGAUGUGCAGGAGAUUCUAAAACUUAAACUGUCACUUUAUAUCUUACUAAGAUAGCCUUUUAUUUUGUCCUAAAUAAGUACCUUUAGUUUAUAUUUUCUUGUGGGUUUUUUACAGCUUAAACACAUUAGUAAAUGGACUUAGUACCUUCUUGCUGUACUGUUGACAAGUAUUCAUAACUUGAGUGGUGUGUCAUAGAUUUACUGUUGGUCCUUUAUUUAGCAGAAUCUCAAUCGCUGUUUCGGGGUUGUUUCAUGUUUUGUUUUUUCAUUUGAGGUAUUCUCUCUUUCCAGAGAGAAAACGCUUAGGAAUUGGACAGUCCCAGGAAAUGAACACCCUCUUUCGUUUCUGGUCCUUCUUCCUCAGAGACCACUUCCACAGGAAAAUGUAUGAGGAAUUUAGACAACUUGCUUGGGAAGAUGCAAAAGAGAAUUACAGGUAUGGGUUAGAGUGUCUUUUCAGGUUUUAUAGUUAUGGACUGGAAAAAAAAUUCAGACAAGAAAUUUUUAAGGAUUUUCAAGAGGAAACCAAAAAAGACUACGAAUCUGGCCAGCUAUAUGGACUGGAAAAAUUUUGGGCCUAUCUGAAGUAUUCUCAGUCUAAGACACAGUCUGUCGACCCAAAACUUCAGGAAUACCUCUGUAGUUUUAAGAAGUUAGAAGACUUCCGUGUUGAUCCCCCCAUUAGUGAGGAACUUGGGAGAAAAAGACAUUCAUCUACUCCUGGGGAGGAGAGUAAUCGCCACAGACUUCCGUCGCUCUCCGCCACACCGCCACCACCUGCUGCUCUGCCUGCGUCUGCCGGUGACCCGCCUGAGAAACCUCUGGCUCCCAGGGACCACUCACCGUGACGGCGCGGCCUCGGCCUCCGUGGGGGAAGUAGACCUCACACAAAAGCCGCGUGUCCUUGAAAUCAGCAGUAGCAUCUCCUGAUGUUUAAUUGUGAUAAUCAGAAAACAAAAAGGAAGAAAAAUGGUUGUCUGUUUUUCUGGCAAGAUGAAUUCCACAAACAAGGUCUGAUUGACCUUAGGAGAUCCUGUAGUCCUGCACCUUGGCCUCCUGUCUUCUCGAAGGCCAUUGUUUACAAAAUUCCUUUAGUACAUUUACAGGCACGCACCAGGACCAGCUGACAGUCCAGCUCCUCCUCCUUACGGAAGAUCCAGUGCGCUGUAUUCGUCUCUUCUAUGGAACUCCAGGGUCAAAUCGUCACGUCAGUCCAGAUCUGAACGUAUCAAAAGCAAGGAGGGAUUUUGUAUAUAGGUUUUAAGUUCAGAAAUGGAUAUGAAAGAUACAUAUUUUCUGUAUAUACAUAGUUUGAAGGAUUUUUUUGUUUUAUUUUUUUAACAAAACAACGCACAGCUGACUGUAAUUGUCGUGAGGCCUGUGGGCUUUGGGAUGUGGCUGAUUUCACAGUGCUGUGUUGAUGUGGAGCUUUCUGAAUUGGCAUAAGUUGGGUAUGUAGAUUCAGAGAGUUUGACUUUUGUGAUUCUACAAAACCUUGCCCAUGUAACUGAAAACAACUGGGCUCUGUUGGAAUGCUUGUGUAAAUAAAUUAAUUUGUUUUGAAGGUGUCUGCUGUUUAUAUCUGCCAGUGGGCAUGUCAGCAGUCACAUGACCAUUCCCUUUUUUUUUUAAAAUUUUGUCUUAUGCUCAUAAUUGCUUUCAAGACUUGAAACAAAUUUAUUUCUAAUUCUUAGUGCUAUUGCAACCGAUGUAAAUAAUAGUUUUAUUUUGUGGAAUUUAAAAAAUAAAUUAUUUUGAAGUAUUUGAAUUGACUUUUAAAUUUGAUCUCUGCUAUAUUUACAAAGCGGUAUAUUCAAGCUCUGCUAGCAUUUCAGUUGUCAUCAUGAUUUAUUAACGACGUUCCAGCUGCGAAGUUCUCAGGUUUGUUUGUGCUGAACACAGUCUGAUCCGCGAGGACUGCAGUGCACCGGCAGAAACAGCUGCUUGCAACGCACUACAUUUAUUAUAUCUUUUUCAGCAGACUGGAUAUCUUGUCUUGUUCUCAUAAGUUACAGAUUAACAUACUUCUGGGGCCGUGACUUAGUGGCUCUUACCAAGCGUUUACACGGCCCUGAGUCCAAUCCUCACCACUGGGGGAAAGAAAUCUACGGUUUGCAGAGGUGGUGAUGUCGCUGGGAUCAAAUGCUUGCUAGCACUGUGAGGCCUGGACUGCACCCCUGACAGAGAAAAGGGGAAGAAAGAGAAGAGUGGGAGAGAAAAGAAAAA